UUGCAAGCAUUACAUUCAAAACACAUUGCAGACAACCCCAUAUUGCUGCAUUCUUUUCAUCUAAUGGGCGGUGGUAACGAUUCCAAUCCGUUCGAUGAUGGAGGAGAUGUUAACCCUUUUGCGGGGAAGAAUCAGAAUUCUGGUGGGAACUCGAAAAUGUCGUCACUUCCCCAAGAACGCGGUACUACAACCGUUGAGAUCACUCUUGAUAACACGGAUUUGAAAGCCAAGGAAAAAGAACUUCAAGCUAAAGAGGCUGAAUUGAAAAAGAGGGAAGAGGAUAUAAAGAAGAGGGAGGAGGCAAUUGCACAAGCAAAAGUAGGUAUAGAGGACAAAAAUUGGCCACCAUUUUAUCCUGUGAUCCAUCAUGACAUUGCAACCGAAAUUCCUAUCCAUCUACAGAAGAUACAAUAUGUAGCGUUUGGGUCGUGGUUGGGUCUUAUAGCAUGCCUUGUAUGGAAUUUUAUAGCAGUGACUGCUGCUUGGUGUCAAGGUCAAGGUACUUCAAUAUGGUUACUUGCUAUUAUCUACAUCAUAACAGGAGUUCCCGGGUCAUACUUUCUGUGGUAUCGUCCUUUGUAUCGAGCCAUGAGAACGGACAGCGCUCUAAAGUUUGGUUUCUUUUUCUUAACUUACAUCUGUCACAUAACCUUCUGUGGUUUCGCUGCACUCGCUCCUCCUUUUUUUAUUGAAGGGAAAUCUUUAGCAGGAAUUUUGCCUGCUUUGGAUUAUCUAACCUGGAAUGCUUCACUAGCGGGCAUCUACUUCAUUGGAUUCGCUUUUUUUGCUCUUGAAACAACCAUUAGCGUCUGGGUCAUUCAGCAAGUUUACAUGUACUUCCGGGGUAGUGGAAAAGCUACACAGAUGAAAAAUGAGGCUACAAAGAAGAGUAUGCUGGCAGCAUUAUGACAUGGUUAGCUGUUUUGAAGAGAAAUUAAAAAACCAAAAAUACGGGUACUCCACGAGGUCCCAUUUA